AACGUAGCUCCCACAGCCGGUCGGGGACAGCUUUCGCGGCGUUGGCAGCGGGAAGAUGCAAGAAAUUACCCGCCUGCCAUCCGUUACACAGGUUCUUUGGUUGCUGCUGUCAAGAAAGAAUACAGGAAAGCGACAUUGUGCAUCCAUCCUGAUAAGGUGCAGCAAAAGGGUGUCUUGCAGUAUUUUCUUCAGUUGAUUGCGAUCCUCACAUUAGUGAUGGGUGAAAAGGCGGUGUGGGAUAAUGCCACUUUGAAGCACUUCAUUGAUAUUUGCAAGGAGGAGCUUAUUCUUGGGAAUAGACCAAAUGGUUGUUUCACUCGAACUGGUUGGAAGAACCUUGAGGAUAAACUUCUUGCAAGAACCGGGUUAAAACUAGUGAGGUCACAAUUGAAGAAUAAAUUGGACAACAUAAAAAAAGAUUACACCGUGUUCAUGGAACUGAAAAAUGCUGCCACUGGGCUUGGAUGGGAUGAUACGAAUCAAACUGUUGACUGUUCUAGCACGUGGUGGGAUGAACAUCUUGCGCGAUGCAAUAACCCAGAGAGAGAUAUCAAGUGUGUCCAUGUCAAGUUUCGAAAGCGGGGGUCGAAGUACCUUGAUGAUUUACAUCUGCUGUUUGAGAAGGUGCAUGUCACCGGUGCUUCCGCAUCAUGUCCGGGAGAUAUUUCUUCAAAUGACUCGAGUGAUGAGGAACCAGUGGAGAUUACUCCCAUUGAAAAACCAAAACCAGCCGGAAAGAAGCGCAAACAAUUGUCUAGUCCGAUUGAAGAGAAGGAGGAGAAGAGUUCAUUUUUUCGGAUGUACAAGAACACAUGCAUGAGGAUUGAAAGUGCAGCUGAUAAAAUUGGGUCAAGUCUUGAAGCAUCAUCGGCUCCUCCCCAAUCAAGCCGUGUUCCAACUAUUACAGAAGCUAUGAGAAUGGUGAAGGAUUGUGGGAUUCAAGAAAAAACUGCUUUGAUGCACACAGCUUACUUAUUACUCAUGAAGCCUGAGUUUAGAGAGUUUUUAGGUGCGCUUGAAACAAAUGAAGGAAGGUUUGAUUUGAUUCAGAGGGAGCACGAGAUAAAGAAGGCCACAUAGAUCAAUUUAUCUUGUGUUUCAACCAUGUAUUUGCUAACAUUCUCGUAUAUUUGAACAAUUGUCUUGUAUGUUGGAACCAGUGUUGU